UGUUUUAGAUUUUAUGGAUAGUGUGAUUAGAGUCCAAUUAUUUUGGAAUUUAAUUCGGUUAACCAGUCGAACCGGAUAAUCUGUAGAAAUCCAGUUUUUUUUUUGGAAGACUACAUAUUUGUCUAAAGCCCAUGAAGGCCCAUUAAACCCAACGAACACAAACAAUCUUCAAAAUGCUCCUAGAAUUUUCUGGAUUCACCUGAUUUUUCUCAUAGACGUCCUCUAGAUGUUUCUGUAUUCCCCAUAACAACUCGAGAAGCUCGAGAAAUUUCGGUUAGUACCUUUAAAUAGCUUCAAAAAUCCUUCGUGUGUUCUAUCAGAAAUCGAAAAAUCAAAGUUCUCAAGAAGAUAUCAACAAAAAAAAAAGUAAAUUCUUUAAAAUGUCGAUGAUUCCAAGUUUCUUCAACAACAACAGACGAAGCAACAUCUUUGAUCCAUUCUCUCUUGACGUAUGGGAUCCAUUCAAGGAACUAACAUCAUCAUCACUUUCUCGUGAGAACUCAGCGAUCGUGAACGCACGUGUGGACUGGAGAGAGACGCCUGAGGCCCACGUGUUUAAAGCUGACUUGCCUGGAUUGAAGAAGGAGGAAGUUAAAGUUGAGAUUGAGGAGGAUAGUGUUUUGAAGAUCAGUGGAGAGAGACACGUGGAGAAAGAAGAUAAGAAUGACACGUGGCACCGUGUGGAGAGAUCGAGUGGACAGUUUACGAGGAGGUUUAGGUUGCCGGAGAAUGUGAAGAUGGAUCAGGUUAAGGCUGCGAUGGAGAAUGGUGUGUUGACUGUUACGGUGCCUAAGGCUGAGACUAAGAAGGCUGAUGUUAAGUCUAUUCAGAUCUCUGGUUGAGUAAUGGGUUCGAGUUUUAUCAUCGGAGUUGCUUGUGUUUUUGUCAUGGUUAUGGUUCAUGUUUUACUUGAGUGUGUGAGUACUCUAUCUAAAUUAUAAUAAUCUCCGAUUGAGCUAUGAAUUAUGAUGUAUCGGAUACAUUUGAUCCUAAUGAAGUAUGGAAUAAAUAAUAAUUAUUAACCUUUGUCUAAAUUCAAAAGAAGUUUAACCGACG